AUGGUUUCCGAAUCCCCAUUGACGUCUCCAGAACGUUCCCCUUCCCACAGUCCUGGUCCAUCCGUUGGCAGGCGGACUGCUGUUAGCGGGAGGAAGAGGCAAUUCAUCGCUUCUGACGACGACGAAGAUGAUGUCGAGCAAGCACCCGUCGCUUCUUCAUCCAAGAGCAACCGAAGACAACUUUUACACGCGAGGGCUCUCGAAGAGGAUGAAGACGAGGGAUACCAGCAUAGUCGACCCAACGAAGAAGACGUAGACGUCGACAUAGACGGCUCGAGCGACGCUGGCUACGCUCAUACCGACGACCCGUUUUACCAGUCUCAAGAACCGGUACAGGCGCCAGUAAAGGAAGAACGAACAAAGAAGUCCAAGUCGAGCAGGAAGGGUAGCGGUAAAUCCGGACCACCAACGAAGAAAGUCAAAAGGUCGUCAUCUAGACGAGAGCGGUCGGUGGGCGAUGGUUCUGACAUGUCGGAUGAAGAAUUUGAGGCGGACUUUAUGGAGGAUGAAGACGAUGAUAUGAGGCCUGUAUCAGAAGAGGAGUAUUCUGAUGAGGAAGAGUAUGGAAGAAAGAAAGGGAAGGGGAAGGCUGUCGGGAAAGGUGGAAAAGCGAAGGGAGGCAAAGGGACCAGACGUGCUGCAUCCCCAGAGAUAAAGUUUAGAAAUGAGGGCAAGACAGCUCCACCACCCCCAGCAAGGACAGGUAAACCAGAUCCUCUCCCAUUGGACGACAUGGAUGUGGACGUUACCAAUUCCGAACGCUCAGGUCGACCACUUGGAACCGCGGACUCGCGCCCUUCUGGUUCGUCGAAGAGUCCGGCGUCGCGCCAUGGGUCUGUUCCCAAAGAUACUGGGACUGGUCCCCCGCCACAGAAGAAACGCAAGCUUCCAACUAUCAAGAAGAAUAAGGACGGGACGGCGCCUACGACACCAGCCACUGCGAAGUCGACUGUGAGCAGUAUCUUGAGCGAGGUUUUGCCUGCUACCCCUGCUCCGAGACUACCUGCUGCACAGCAAGGCGUGGCAGAUUUGGAUUUAACGAACAAAAACAUCUAUGACCAGUUGUUCAAAGGAGGGGCAAGUGCACUGAGCUCGGACAGACGAGCGAAAGAAGCAGAACGCCAGAAGGAACUCAUGGCAAUGAAGGAAGAGUGGAAAGCGAAGAGGGCAGUGGAACAGCGAGAAACACCACCUUUCGACCUGCAAGCCCAGUAUGAGAAGAUUUCGCGGUUCGAGGAACGGCUAAGAACAUAUCACAGCGGUGCUCUAUACCCCCAUUAUCUUGCUGGAAAAUGGAGGGAGAUGUGGGAGAGGAGCAAGGCUCGCGAACGGGAGCAAAGGGAGAGGGAAAGUCAGGAAUCACAGCCGCUCGCGAAUGGAACUUACGGUCAUGACAGGCGAUAA